UCAGUCGCGGGUGCAGUGCGUGCGAGUGUGCAGUGUUUUCGGGAGCUCCUUCGAGACCGGCGUGGCCUGAAGCGCGCGGGGUUAGGUCAGUGUCAACUCGUCUGCCGUCACGGACAUUCGCGUACCUUUCAACGUUUACCUUCGUUCGAAUAUGUGAUCCCCGUUGUACAGGAUACCUGGCAAUCGAGCAAUUCAGAACGCUUCCGAUUCGUGGUUCACGGUUAGUGCGGUCGAGCGAGGGUUCGUGGGUGUCGGUUGUGUUGUUCAUAGUGGAGGAAUCAGAGGAUCAUGAUGCCCCCGAUCAUAGGGGAAACGCUACGAGUAUGGUUUCUCUCGGCGUUGGUGGUUCACGGAGCUGUCGCCGGGAAUCCGGACGCGAAACGCCUUUACGACGACCUCCUCUCAAACUACAACAAACUGGUGCGACCCGUUGUGAACACCUCGGACGUGCUACGCGUCUGCAUUAAGCUGAAGCUCUCGCAGCUCAUCGACGUGAACCUGAAGAAUCAGAUCAUGACGACGAAUUUGUGGGUCGAACAGUCAUGGUACGACUACAAGCUGCGAUGGGAGCCGAAGGAAUACGGUGGUGUUCACAUGCUACACGUGCCGUCCGACCACAUAUGGCGGCCCGACAUAGUCCUCUACAACAACGCGGACGGCAACUUCGAGGUGACCUUGGCCACGAAGGCCACCAUCUACCAUCAAGGAUUGGUCGAGUGGAAGCCGCCCGCCAUUUAUAAAUCAUCCUGCGAGAUCGACGUGGAGUACUUCCCCUUCGACGAGCAGACCUGCGUCCUCAAGUUCGGUUCGUGGACCUAUGACGGCUUCAAGGUCGACCUAAGACACAUGGACGAGAAAUCGGGAAGCAACGUGGUGGACGUUGGGGUCGAUCUGUCCGAGUUCUACAUGUCGGUAGAAUGGGACAUUUUGGAAGUACCUGCAGUAAGAAACGAAAAAUUUUACACCUGCUGCGACGAGCCGUACCUAGACAUUACGUUUAAUAUAACGAUGAGAAGGAAAACACUUUUCUACACUGUGAACAUAAUCAUACCAUGUAUGGGGAUUUCUUUUCUUACGGUGCUGACUUUCUAUCUACCCAGCGACAGCGGGGAGAAGGUCACGCUCUCCAUCUCCAUUCUCAUCAGUCUUCACGUGUUCUUCCUGCUGGUCGUUGAGAUCAUUCCACCUACGUCGCUGGUCGUGCCGCUGCUUGGAAAGUACCUGAUAUUCGCCAUGAUACUCGUUUCGAUAAGUAUAUGUGUAACGGUGGUUGUACUGAAUGUCCAUUUUCGAUCACCUCAAACUCACAAAAUGGCACCUUGGGUGAAAAGGGUAUUCAUUCAUAUUCUUCCACGCUUGUUGGUCAUGCGAAGGCCUCAGUAUAAAUUCGAAGCAAAUAGAUAUAGUUCUGGCAGAGUGUUAAUGAGAACAGUAAGGGGGAAAGAAAAAACCUGUUAUUAUCCCUAUCACCCAUCUACUCAAGAGAAUAGCGAAGAACAUUUAACUCCUAAACGAUUUCAUAGUCGUGCUGCAUCAAAAGAAGACCUUUCACCUUCCAGCCUGGCGGACGGUGCAAGGUUCGGUGGAAGCUGUUUAAUCCAUGGACCACCAUUGCCUCCGCUUCCUCUUCAUACCGAGUGCGAGGAUCUAUCGGUUUCCGGCGAAGCAGGGAUCGAGGAAGUUAAAAGUCCUGUCCUACGAAGUCCUCCAGCUUUCUCGCAUUCGCGUUGUCCUCCAGAAAUUCACAAAUCCUGCAUCUGUGUGCGUUUUAUCGCCGAGCAUACAAAGAUGCUCGAAGAUUCAACCAAGGUAAAAGAGGACUGGAAAUACGUGGCGAUGGUGCUGGACAGACUAUUCCUAUGGAUUUUCACAUUGGCGGUGCUGGUCGGGACAGCCGGGAUCAUCCUGCAGGCACCAACCCUCUACGACGACCGAGUUCCAAUCGAUAAAAAAUUCAGCGAAUUCGCUACCACGACGGUAGUAAACUGCCCGCCGCAAUAGUCCAUGCCCGAGCCCUGCACCGUAGACAAAGACUAAGGACCAACAGCCGGAAGUAACUGUGCUACCAACCCGGAUCACAUCCCGCCCUAGUCUUAGGAACAUUAAACUUCAGUACACGAGAUUACGGUAAAAGGGCUCCACUUUGAACGUAUUUCAACAACAGAAGACAACAGACGACGGAUAUUCAUUGAAACUUCUAUUAAAUUGUCCUUUUUUCUUUCCAAUAUACGACGUUGUUCCUGUUCUCACGGAACCUUUUAACAGCAAAGAGUACUGGAAUAUUUUUGGAACAAUUGUCGAGAUAUGUAUGUUCUAAUUGAGAAGACGAGAAGAAUUUUGAUUCGUCGUUGACGGAAGAAGCGAUCGAAUUAUACCUACAUAGUCUGCUCAAGUAAAUCGUAAUAUGAAGCUGCCACUACUUAAUCGGGUUACCUUUAAAAGCAACCAACUAAUUAAAAGUACUUGUAAUAAUAAUUUAAUUCAAGCCCUUGCCGGUUCUGAUCGAACAACCGGGACGCUUGAGGAUCGACGAGAGUGACACUAGCGCCUCUGGCGGAGUAGCAGUGAACACUAGUCGCUGCCCAAAUAGAAACUGAUCUUAGGGGCCUCCUGCGGCGAAACUGAGAAACUCUGGAGGAUUUGUGUGAUCCUCUCGCUAGUGGACUUGGAAUUCAAAGACUUUGGAGCUGAGAAGGAAUAUUUUCUCAUGAUUCUUUUUUAAAAAUAUUCUUUGUACAAUUAUAUAGCGUCGUACAGAGCCCGAUUUUGUAAUUUGGCUAUUUGUAAUUGUAAGUUGGCCUUUUAUCAGAAUUACUUUUUCAUAUUUUACUGGCAUUCCGCUAGAGGUGCUAGUGUCACUCCCGUUGACCAAUAUAGUUCAUAAAGAAAUUUUUGCUGUCGAAAUCGAUCGGUUCCCAGGGGCUAAGGGUUGAAAAAUUGUUGGUACGAUCGCGUGUUUUGUAUAUCCCGUUUAUCCGACACGUUAAGAGAAAUUAUUCUAGGCAUCACGAUCGUAGGUAGCUCGUUGUACGACACGAAUUUAACCCGUAACUUAACGUAUAAUCGAUUAGCUUUAAACAUUUAGAAACGUAACCGUUUAUACGAAUGUAUCUUUAAGGAAAACGGAGGAGGGUGAUCGUUUCUGUGUACGUGCGUCGAAGUGUCGCUUGUGAUUUGUGUUCUCCGAAUUUUAUGAUUAUCCUCGUUUCUUGAAUAUUAACUAAAUCACAAAUUUAUUCGCAUACGAGUAACAUUUAUUUAUGUAAAAUAAUUACAUUUUAUUCAUUUAACGAUAGACACUGUGAAUAUUUAAUACAAUCUUCAGGAACAAAAUAUGAAAUUAUCACAUUUCCUAAAAUGUUCAAGUAUGCGAAUAAGUAUGUGAAUUAUUAUAACGUAAACAGUCGUUUUUAUUUGUCAUACAAAUUACAGAUUCUUGAGAAUGGGUCAGGUAUGACAGUGUAUAGGAGGAGGCCCUGUAUAUGUAUAUAGGUUCCUAGCUCCCCACCACUUGCGUGUAAACGUAUACGCGGGAAAAUUUGAAUUGACGUUUAUUUCAUUAUUUGUACUCUUCAAGUAUAUACUAAAUUUUAUAAUAUUUAUCCUAAAUCACUUUUAAUACUAAUAUCGUCAAAAUUAAGCUUCUGAAAAUUUCUUCUUCCCUUGUAACGUCAUUUUCCCUAGGGAAGCCUACUAUCCUCCAUACUAUACAAGUCGUAUUAGUACAUAUAGUUGUACAUAACGUCACUGAUAAAGCCUUAACGUGGCGACCUUAUUAAGAAGUAUCCUCCAAAGAUGACAAAACGUAAUUAUACUUUGUUCAGUUCGUUCUAAGCUGAUCCAAAGUGCCUACCACAGUCAUUCCGUCAUUUCAAAUAAAUAAUAUACGCGUCUGAAGCGUGUAAUAGGUCUGAAUGCAUUAGAAUAUUCAGUUUGGAUGAAAUCUAAAGUUUCCAGACUAGUUGAAAUCAUCAACCGGAUGACAUCAUAAGACGACAAGCUCAACGCACACUGUCGCGCCAAACAUACUGGCAGGUCGUCAACCCAGUCAGGCGUGAUAGUUAUACUAAUUAUUUCAAUGUACCAAUGUAGAUACAACUUGGACAAAUUCGAAGGCUGUCUCAAGAAUCUGUAUUGUACUCCUAUUUUCUCAUAAAUCAUAUUUUCUUUCGUUCAUCGACGAUUUUGACGGACAUCUUCGUUGCAUACACACCGUAAUUCGCCUCUGUAGAAAUAUUAUGUAUUUUGUAACAAAGAUGGAAACACACGAAACGUUAAAGUAAUACUUAACUAAUAGUACAGUAAGAAGAAGUAAAGCAUACGAAUUCUAAAGCUGAUAGUUGUAGCCGAUUGAACAGCCGUUCAGGUCGUUGUUCAAUCUCGUAGUACGUGGUUGAUGUGUCACUGUGAGUUGUCACGAUUUCGUUUCCGUUUUCGUUUAGGAAAUCACCCGGUUAAAACGCCUCGUGCGAGCGGACUGAUAUUCGCGGGAAACGUAAUUCGACGUCGAAGAAUCCGCGGUUCAUUCGAGCUAAUUUUUCACAAUAAAAAUGGUCAGCUGAUUUACUGGCUUCGUUUAUCUUUUAUUCGAUUCGACAAACCACCGACUCUUCGACGUUUUCAGGCAUAUUUCGUGGCUGAGAAUUCUAGUCUUAACGCAUCAAGGCACGAUGCCUUAUGUCACGUUGAAUUGUACAUACAUUUUAUAGUAGGGUAAAUAUCGGUUCCGUAAAUACUGCCAUUAGGAAGCGUUGUUAGCGUGACUAACGUUUCGAGCCGUUGUAUCGGUUAUCUCUGCCGAAUCUUUAUUAAUCGGUAUCCAGAUUUUGAAAUAAAAUGCAUUCAAGGGAAUGUUCGUGAAAAAUGGUUACCGAUUGAUCGAGGCUGAAGCAUGUAGUCAUCGAAUGACAAGUGUAAAAGUAUUUGCUACCUGAUCGAAAAAUCGUCCAGUGAACGCCGAAGCACGUCGUCGAUUCUAGACUCAGAAAGGAGAAGAAAAAUAAAUGAAGUUUACUUUGCACUAGAACGAUAGGGAAGAACGCACACAUUUUCUAUGAUAGAGUCCAGUUACUCGUUUACAAGUGUUAAACACUAUAAUUAUGCGCGAUCAGUGUGUCGAAGCAGCUGUACAAUUAAAGUCCCACAUUGACAAUAGUAUUAAGGGGAUACCCCUGUUUUAACAGUUAUCUUUGUGAAUUUAUUUAAUAAGAACUUAAUAUGUACAGUUUUUUAUAUUUAUAUUCAAAUGUAUUUGACAUUUUAGAACUGUAGCGCAACUGGGGGGGGGGAGGGGGAAAGGGUGGUAACAUGAGCAAUUAACUUCCCUAUUAACUAUUAGACCCAAACUUACAAAACACAGGAUAUGAAAUAGAAUUAUAAGCGGGGCUCUCUCCAUGGUCCACCAUCCAAGAAACUAAAAACGUUUUUCUUUUUUAAUAAACAAAAAUCAAUUAACAAAAUUUGUCGACCACCCUAUCAGACGAUUAUAGUUGCGCCACUUAAAGUACACUUGUUUGUUAAAAUAUCAGAAGCUUAUUUUUAUUAUUAAAAGCGCAGCUAUAAUCGUUAUCUCUUUCAUCCUAAAAAAACAAAAAUGGCACUUUGAAGAGAAAGGUUUGAUUUUUACAAAAAGUUUUGACUGCUGUUGCCUGUAGAAAUGAUAUAUUUUUUAACAUAAAGAAAGUUGGAGACACCGAUUGCAGCCGUGCUUUUAAGAAUGAAAAUAAGUCUGAUAUUUUAACUAGUUAAAUUUUUGUUUGCAACAAGGGUUGCACAAUUAGCUAUAAUUAUAAAUUUUCAAUAUUACUUCAAACACGUUUGAAUAUGAAUAUAAAAGAACCCCGUAAAUUAAGCGUAAGUUGUUAAAUAAAUUUGCAAAAGUCGUGUUAAAAAAUGUGCGUUGAAAUGGAGGAUACCCCUUAAGUUGUUGCAUAUCAAAUGGCCGAAUUCGAAACAUAAAAAGUUUGAUACAAUUUGAUGAUAUUAGCGGUACUGCAAAAUAACUCAACAUUUGAAGACCAAUGCGUAAGGGAAGUUACAGAUAGGGACAUCACGCGAUGUCUAAAGUUUCCCUGGACAAAAUCUACAGAUUUUUAUUUAAAAAAUAUAAUAAUACGAAGUUAUAGCUGUUGGACAUUUUGUAAAUAAAUCGGCCAUUUCAUAUGCAAUUCCAUCGAUGGUCGGCUAUUGUUACUCUGAUGUUUGAACAGUUGUUAACCUGUCGCAGUAGUUGUUUAAUCGUUGUUCAGGUCUGUGAAACGGAAAACAAGUGCGCCGUAUCUCUAGGUUCUAUUAGCGAAAGUAGAAAGGGAUAUGUAAUAAUUAAGGUGUAAAUAACGUGUACAUAGCUAAGCGUAACGUAAAACAGAGGCUAUAAAGCGAUCGAACGUUUUUUACACUGUUUCAAAAAACUGGGAUCACAGGUUGCACGAAAGAGUCCCAUCAAAUUGUUCAGAAAUUAUCGCAUCGCAAUGAUGGCCGAUAAUUAACGCUGAUCUUAUAACAACGAACAAGUCGAGAUAAUAUCUAGAAGAUUCGUCUAAUUUGCUUUCUUCUUUUAGUGUUUUGCGGUUCUUUAUAUACAUGUUAACACGUUCAGCCGGAUAGCGUCAUAAGACGUCAAGGUGGUCGUCCAAGAUUAAAAUAACAAUUUUGUCACUAAUUUUCCUCUAGAACGACGGGGACGGUUUCCCAAGGUGAACGUGUUAAACAUGAUGUUUCAAUAAGUCUAAUUUAUUUAAAAAUAAUUUCAGAAUUAUUCUAGGCAAUGGCACUUUAAUUAGGUUCGUGCCCAGGAGCGUAAAGGGUUAACUUUCAGUCAGUAUUAUAAAUACAGUAUUUUCAAAUUUUCACACACAAAUGCUUCGAGUUCGAAUAAAAAGUUCAUUGUUUCGUUGUACGGUAGUUUGUUUAAGUAUGCAUUGUUGACCCCUUGUCUUACGGAAUCGCAUCAAUAUUAUUUAUUUAUACAUUGUAAUUUUUAUUUAACAUAAAUAAGAAAAGAAAAUCGUGAGGCAAGGAGUCAAUUACCGUUUGUAUGUUUUCAGUUAGUUCGUAUCGACUAAACUAGAGUAAAAUCGCGAUACAUUCGACGCUCGAAUCGUUCCUUGAAGCACAAUCUUUCAAUGUGAAAAGAACUUUCCUCCCCCGUAUGUCGAGCGAAAUUUGAAUAAAACUGCGCACACUUCAAACACGAUCGUUAUGCGGGUGUUUCUGGAAACUAAAGAUCUUUUCGAACAUUUUCCAUGAUUUUAAAGUACUUGACACCUUGUCGACAGGAAACAUUGUCUCCUAUCAUUUUAACACGUUCGAACCCGAGGUAAGGGGUAUGGUUCAAUUACCAUAAAGAGAGAUGGUAAAUUUACUCGUUAGGGCUUGAGGUAGUAGGAGCAUCUCAGAGGUCGUAAAUUAAAUUAUUAGAAGUUUGAUACUUUUUCAACCUUUGGCGGACCAUGGAGAGAGCCUCCUUGCUACGAGUAGAUUUACCCCAAUGGACUUGAACGUGUUAAAAUAUUUAAAUAAUUUUGAAUCAAAUAAAUCAUAACUACGAACAGAUUAAUUAUUUCAUAAUAUAAUUUUCAUAUUUCAAAGUUAUAGAAAUAAUAUUUUUUAAAAUCCUUUAGGUAUUAGAUUAUGUCCCUGUUGAUAAGGUGUUAUCUAGAUUUCAAUUUUGCACGAAAGCAUUUAAGAAUGCUGUAACUUUUGAAAACCGAAGAUAGUUCUUUCGUUAAAGUAUGAACGUUUUUAAGGAAUUUUAUACUUCUCGUAGGAUCGACGAAAAACGAGGAUUCGGUGAUGAUGAAAGAGGGUGGAUUUGUCCACAAUUCUUCUAUUAGGCUUGGAAGCUUCUAAUUGAGAAGAUAUUGCGCGAAAUGCCGAGGAAUUAAGUAGACCAAUCAAAGCUCACUAAAAGUAUUAAACUUAGGAGAAAAGAAAUUGAAUCGCAUUUACACAUCUCAUUUUGACAACGAUUCAAUUAACCCUCGGACAGUCGUACAUUGGGUCAAACAUAAACUAAUAGUUACAUUUUUUUAAUAUAUGUAAAAGUAAAAUUUUAUAUUUCACAUUUUAGCUUUGAUACUAACACCUCUAGCGGAGUAGCAGUGAACAUAAGUGACGGCCCAAGUCCAAAUUGAUCCUGAGGGCCUCUAGUGGCGAAACUGGGAAACUCUAGACCGCCAUGUUGGCAUAAAAAGGUCCAAAUUUAUCGAUUUCGUAGUUCAAAGAUUUUGAAAUUGAGAAGCAAUAUUUUCUCAUGAUUCUUUUUUUAAAAUAUUCUUUAUACAAUCAUACAGCAUCGUACGGAACCCGAUUUUGCAAUUUGGCUUUAAAACAUUAUAAGAAUUUAUUCAGAAUUUUUCCGAAAAUGGGCCAGAACAUAUUAAAUAGCUCAGCACUGCUGUCCGAGGGUUAAAUACCAUCAAGCUUUCGAUGAAUUCACUGUACAUUCCUCAUUUACAUCUCCUACUACACGUAUUUUACUGUGCCAAGUAAACGCGCGACAAGCCUAUAAAUCGUACAAUGACAAUAAAGAUUGAAGAAGAACCGUUUCAACCAAAAAAUCAGUCAUCGCGAAAUCUGCUCUUUUCAAUUGUCUCAUUGAUCUACUGAAUCGAGACUCAUUUGUAACUGCGGAAGCGACAAAGAUAGAAUUUGAUGAAUUUGUCGCCUCCAAGUCAUCACUUCGUCGCGAGUUAAUUGCUCGCACUCGUUUUUAAUCGACACCCGCGUCCCGAUCUUCGACCAUUAAACACAUUUUCACGCGUCACGUAACGAAAGGUAGCUAAAAUGUUCUGUAAUCGAGAAACAUUAGCUAAACCGUAGUAGGCUAAGGACGAGUAAGGAUAACGAUACGAUUACAUUAUUACAAGAUAUAAUUCUAGCAAAACGAAUGUGCUAUAUAGCAAUAGAGCUAUUAAAAAUGAGACGAUUAACGAGCUGAGAGAAAUUGUAACGGAGAAAAAUAAUCGAGUAUCGAUUAUUAUCGUUAGAUACAACUACCAUGUAUAUCGUUUGUUAAAUAUGUACCUAUGAAUUAUCGACGACCGUCGUUCUUAAGACUACACGAUGUAAGAACGAGAUUCUUGUUGCUUGGUUUUGUAAUCAUGCUUGAUGAAAGCAUUUGAAAAAUAAAACUUGUUGUCGUAGAAA